CGUCAGCUUUCAGCUUUUACGCUUACAGUCCUCCCAGAUUUGAGCUUUCUCAGCAGAUGCUUCCCCCGCCAUGGCGCUCAUUUCGGCCUUAACUCCGGUGUUCGUGGCGGUUCUGUGCGUGGUUAUCGCCGCCUUCUUCAGGAACUACCGGAGAGCGGAGUCUUCCUCUCAGCAGAAGCGCUCCCCAGCGGCAGGAGAGACCACCAGCAGGCCGUGGGUGGACGAGGACCUGCAGGACGACACUGAAGUCAGCGCUAAAGACGACGAGGAUGAUGAUUGGGUCGUUUCAGAGACAGAGGAACUGCCCCCUAUUCCAUACAUUCCUCCUCGCUACUCUGAGGAGGAGAUGCUGGAGCGCUCACAGCAGUUAUACAAUCUGCUCAACCAGAGACGCUCUGUCCGCUUCAUCAGCCCAGAACCCGUCCCACGAGAGGUCAUCGAGAACGUCAUCCACACAGCAGGAACAGCGCCGAGCGGUGCUCACACUGAGCCAUGGACGUUCGUGGUGGUGGCCGAUGCAGAGACCAAACACAAGGUCAGAGAGAUCGUGGAGCAGGAGGAAGAGAUCAACUACAAACAGAGGAUGGGUGACAAAUGGGUUCACGACCUGCGCAGACUCCGGACCAAUUGGAUGAAGGAGUAUCUGGACACAGCGCCAUAUCUCAUCCUCAUCUUCAAGCAAACGUAUGGAAUUCUGCCAGACGGAAAGAAAAAGACUCACUACUAUAACGAGAUUAGUGUGUCCAUCUCCUGUGGGCUCCUGCUAGCAGCUCUGCAGAAUGUUGGGCUGGUUACCGUGACUUCCACGCCUCUGAACUGCGGCCCACAGCUGAGGGUUCUCCUUCGUCGGCCAGCCAAUGAGAAGCUGCUCAUGCUGCUUCCUGUGGGAUACCCAGCCCCAGAUGCCACAGUGCCUGACCUCAAACGCAAGGACCUCAGUGACAUCAUGGUGUUUGUGUGAUGUCAUGAAGUUUCUGUAAGCAAUCUGGAGAUCUUAACCACUAAACUAUAUUUUUUUCAAUGGUAUUUUAAUAGAAUCAGAAAUAUAAUCAUUACAGAUAAGUUUAAAAUGUGCCAGUGUGUAGAUGUUCUUCUGUGACUAGAGCUUGUCUGUGUGAUGGUCAAGGUUGUCUAGCUCGAGGGAAGCUAUCAGUCAGGCUCUACUCCAACAUACACAUGCGCACCCACGCACUUUCACAUAGACUCACACAACCUCACACACACAUACACACCCACACAUGCACACAUACACACCCACACAUGCACACAUACACACCCACAUAUAUACACACCCACACACACACCCACAUCCCCACACAGACAAGCAGACACAUACACACACGCACACAUGCACACAUACACACCCACACACACCCCCUCACAUACACACAUACAAAUACCCAUACACACACUACGCAUAGAUUAGAGGAGCGACUGUCACUCGAAUUGACGACAUUUCGACACUUAUUGACGAUGAGGGUCUAUCUGGUGGGGAUUAUUAGUUAAGAGUAUGUUUUUGUGUCUGGAGGCUAUCUUCAGAUAUUCAAGGCUUUUUCUAUCAAGGGAACGGGAAGAUGUCACAUACAACUUUAGGCUCCAUUAAGUCUGCACAUCACAACACACACAUACGCCCGCUAAUUCUGCCACACACACACACACACACAUACACACACACAUAUGCACAUACAGACACACACCUUUCACCUCAAUUGAUUACACUUCAUCUUUAGCUUUAGGUCAUAUAAAAAUCAGGUAUUACAAUGUUCUUAUGCAUAUUACAAUGUAUGUUUUCUAAGUGUGCAGUCUGAUUGGGUGAAGGAAGUCACUACAGAUACGCACGGUUGUUAUAAAUUCUUUUGGGUAAAACCUUAACAGUUCGGUUUGGGCAGGAGCACAGAGAGUUGAGACUUGGAGAGAUAAUCAGGAAUUCAUUGUCUUAGGAGAUGGGUGCCCUAAAGGCUCUCAAGCCUUUUUUUUUUUCAUUUUAAUUGUUAAAACUUUGCAUAUUUAGCAUGAUAUUUCUGUGUUGAUUUUCUAUUUUUCAUAUUUCCUUCAUUAUCAUAAAAUUUGUUUUGUCCAGCAGUUUCAUCCAAUAAACUGGCAAAACUCC